GCCAGACGGGGAAAACCUCUUUCAAGUUUGCAGCAAGUACUUUCCUGGUGCGCAAAACUGGGAGGCAGCAAACGCGUUGAGACCUGUCUCCUUUCCCGCGCCUUUUGCGCCUAAGCCAAAACUCUCAAAUCUUGCUCUCCUCUGGGACGCUCCUUGUAGACUAACUGCGCUGUUUGGAACAGAUUUUGUUUCUGCGCUGACGUUGGGUGAAGACCAGGGAGUAAAGGUUGUGCCACAGACUCUCAGGAUCUCAAGACUUGGGUUGUUCUUCAAAAAAAAUGCUUAUUUCUUUGAACUCAUGCCUGGGCUCUAUCUGUUUACUGUUAUGCCACUGGAUCGGGACCACCUCCCCUCUGAAUCUUGAAGACCCUAAUGUGUGUAGCCACUGGGAAAGCUACUCAGUGACUGUGCAGGAAUCAUACCCACAUCCCUUCGAUCAAAUUUACUACACUAGCUGCACUGACAUUCUAAACUGGUUUAAAUGCACGCGGCACAGAAUCAGUUACCGAACAGCCUAUCGACACGGGGAAAAAACUAUGUAUAGGCGCAAAUCCCAGUGCUGUCCUGGAUUUUAUGAAAGCAGGGAAAUGUGUGUCCCCCACUGCGCUGAUAAAUGUGUCCAUGGUCGCUGCAUUGCUCCAAACACCUGUCAGUGUGAGCCUGGCUGGGGUGGGACCAACUGCUCCAGUGCCUGCGAUGGCGAUCACUGGGGGCCCCACUGCAGCAGCCGAUGCCAAUGCAAAAACGGAGCUCUGUGCAACCCCAUCACAGGGGCUUGCCACUGCGCUGCAGGCUUCCGGGGCUGGCGCUGCGAAGACCGCUGUGAGCAGGGCACCUACGGUAACGACUGUCAGCAGAGAUGCCAGUGCCAGAAUGGAGCCACCUGCGACCAUGUCACGGGGGAAUGCCGCUGCCCGCCAGGAUACACCGGAGCCUUCUGUGAGGAUCUUUGUCCCCCUGGCAAGCAUGGUCCACAGUGUGAGCAGAGAUGCCCCUGCCAAAAUGGAGGAGUGUGUCAUCAUGUCACCGGGGAAUGCUCUUGCCCUUCUGGCUGGAUGGGCACAGUAUGUGGUCAGCCUUGCCCUGAGGGUCGCUUUGGAAAGAACUGUUCCCAAGAAUGUCAGUGCCAUAAUGGAGGGACAUGUGAUGCUGCCACAGGCCAAUGUCACUGCAGUCCAGGAUACACAGGGGAAAGGUGCCAGGACGAGUGCCCUGUUGGAACUUACGGGGUUAGCUGCACUGAGACCUGCCGAUGUGUCAACGGGGGGAAAUGUUACCACGUGAGUGGCGCGUGCCUCUGUGAAGCAGGCUUUUCUGGUGAACAUUGCGAGGCACGCCUGUGUGCUGACGGGCUGUACGGCAUCAAAUGUGACAAACCGUGCCCCUGCCACCCAGACCACACUCAUAGCUGUCACCCCAUGUCUGGAGAGUGCGCCUGUAAGCCAGGCUGGUCUGGGCUCUACUGUAAUGAGACAUGCUCUCCUGGAUUCUACGGGGAAUCUUGCCAACAGAUCUGCAGCUGCCAAAAUGGGGCUGACUGUGACAGUGUGACUGGAAAGUGCACCUGUGCCCCUGGAUUCAAAGGAACUGACUGCUCUACUCCAUGCCCUCUGGGAACCUAUGGGAUAAAUUGCUCCUCCCGCUGUGGCUGUAAAAAUGAUGCUGUCUGUUCCCCUGUGGAUGGUUCUUGCACUUGCAAGGCAGGCUGGCACGGGGUGGACUGCUCCAUCCGCUGUCCCAGUGGCACAUGGGGCUUUGGCUGUAACUUAACAUGCCAGUGCCUCAACAGGGGAGCCUGCAACACUCUGGAUGGGACCUGCACGUGUGCACCUGGAUGGCGUGGGGAGAAAUGUGAACUUCUCUGCCAGGAUGGCACAUACGGGCUAAACUGUGCUGAGCGCUGUGACUGCAGCCACGCCGAUGGCUGCCACCCCACCACGGGCCAUUGUCGUUGCCUCCCUGGAUGGUCAGGUGUCCACUGUGACAGCGUGUGUGCCGAGGGACGCUGGGGCCCCAACUGCUCCCUGCCCUGCUACUGCAAAAACGGGGCUUCAUGCUCUCCCGAUGACGGCAUCUGUGAGUGUGCGCCAGGAUUCAGAGGCACCACUUGUCAGAGAAUUUGUUCCCCUGGGUUUUACGGGCAUCGCUGCAGCCAGACGUGCCCGCAAUGUGUGCACAGCAGUGGGCCCUGCCACCACAUCACAGGCCUGUGCGACUGCUUACCUGGCUUCACGGGGGCUCUCUGCAAUGAAGUGUGUCCCAGUGGCAGAUUUGGGAAAAACUGUGCAGGGAUUUGUACCUGCACCAACAACGGAACCUGUAAUCCCAUUGACAGAUCUUGUCAGUGUUACCCAGGUUGGAUUGGCAGUGACUGCUCUCAACCAUGUCCACCUGCUCACUGGGGCCCAAACUGCAUCCACACAUGCAACUGCCACAAUGGGGCCUUCUGCAGUGCCUACGACGGGGAAUGUAAAUGCACUCCUGGCUGGACAGGGCUCUACUGCACUCAGAGAUGUCCUCUGGGGUUUUAUGGAAAGGACUGCGCGUUGACUUGCCAGUGUCAGAAUGGAGCUGACUGCGACCACAUCUCUGGGCAGUGCACUUGCCGCACUGGGUUCAUGGGGAAGCACUGUGAGCAGAAGUGCCCUGCUGGAACAUACGGCUACGGCUGUCGCCAGAUAUGUGACUGUCUGAACAACUCCACCUGCGACCACAUCACCGGCACCUGCUACUGCAGCCCAGGAUGGAAGGGGGCACGAUGUGAUCAAGCUGGUGUUAUAAUAGUUGGAAAUCUGAACAGCUUAAGCCGAACCAGUACUGCUCUCCCUGCUGACUCCUACCAGAUUGGGGCCAUUGCAGGCAUCAUCAUUCUUGUCCUAGUUGUUCUCUUCCUACUGGCAUUGUUUAUUAUUUAUAGACACAAGCAGAAGGGAAAGGAAUCCAACAUGCCAGCAGUUACCUACACCCCUGCUAUGAGGGUUAUCAAUGCAGAUUAUACCAUUUCAGAAACUCUUCCUCACAGCAAUGGUGGAAAUGCUAACAGCCAUUACUUCACCAACCCCAGUUACCACACUCUUACCCAGUGUGCCACGUCCCCUCAUGUCAAUAAUAGGGACAGGAUGACCAUCGCAAAGUCAAAGAACAAUCAGCUGUUUGUGAAUCUUAAAAAUGUGAAUCCCGGGAAGAGAGGCCCUUUGGUGGACUGCACAGGGACGCUUCCAGCAGACUGGAAACAUGGCGGCUACCUUAACGAGCUCGGAGCUUUUGGACUUGACAGAAGUUAUAUGGGAAAAUCCUUAAAAGACCUGGUAAAAAAUUCUGAAUAUGAUUCAAGUAACUGCUCCCUAAGCAGUUCUGAAAACCCAUAUGCCACUAUUAAAGACCCACCUGUACUUAUCUCUAAAAACUCAGAGUGUGGCUAUGUGGAGAUGAAGUCACCAGCACGGAGGGACUCCCCAUAUGCAGAGAUCAAUAACUCAACUUCAGCCAACAAGAAUGUCUAUGAAGUUGAACCUACAGUGAGUGUUGUCCAAGGAAUAUUCAGCAAUAAUGGGCAUCUCGCCCAGGAUCCCUAUGACCUCCCAAAGAACAGCCACAUUCCUUGUCAUUAUGACCUACUGCCUGUCCGAGACAGUUCAUCUUCCCCCAAGCGAGAGGGCGAUGGCGGCAGCAGCAGCAGCAGCAGCAGCAGCGAAUGACACCAAAGGACUGGGUGGCCGCUGGAAGCCUUUCUAGAACUGCACUUCGGUUCUUCUCCAUCCUCAAGUUUGCCACCUCAUGUGAAUGUUAAUUGAUGUGUAGGCAGUUGUUGGACAUGAACCAGAAAGCUCAAAGCUGAGGCUGACACUGACUGUAGCUGCUUUCUGUACAGGUGGCUCAGAAGGAGAUAUCAAUGUGAUUUCUCAUUGCUGUUAGUUUUAGAACUGCACCUGUGAAGCAUGACUUAUUGUAAGAUCCUGGCAUGAGCCUUGCAAAGCUUGCAGAACUCCUUCGGAGACACGGGUUGCAGUGGACAUUGGUAUUAUUGAUUGAAAAUUAAAAUUUAAAUAUUUUCCGUCUCAUUUUCAUUGUAGAGCUGUACCUAGGAUUGUGCAGUUUACCAUAAAUUGACUUCAUAGAAGUGGUGUGAGUCACUACGCAUAUAGAAGAAAAGGGGCAUAUUAUGAGUGUCCAUAUUGUCUAAUUUUCUUCAGCUGGACUCAGAACUGUAGGGAUGAUCUUACCGCAGGAGGAAGCGUUUUGUCAAGUGGCAUAACUGGAUAGACUUUGAAUAAACUCUAGAAGUGGACAGCAAACUUAAAUAUGAAAACUUAAGAUUUUUUUUAGGAUGAGGAAAUGUACAAUUCAAAUUAUUUUAGAAAUAGUGGAAGUAUUGCAGGAGUCAAUGCACAGAUGUGCCACCAGAGGUGAGUCUUCCCCGUUUGAGCCUUGGCCCACUUUAGAUCUGUGACACUAUUCUGAGCACUGUCCCCAUCAUAAACAUUCACCACUAGAAAUCCAUAACACAUCAAUGAUUAUUUCAUAAACUUAGAAAUGAAAUAAUUUUAUUUUUGACAGACUAGAUUGAAUAAGUGUGUCAUGAUUGGUAAAGGGUGUAAAUGUUAAGUGUAAGAAGAUGCUUAAGUUUUGUAAACCAUUAGUAAUAAUACUGUAAUAUAGAAUUAGGAGAAAGUUUUAAUUUUUCCCUAGAGGUGACCGAAAUAUUUUUGUGCAUAUUUGAGAAAAGGGCACUUUCCUUCUAUUAAUUGUUGAUUUAGAGAAACUAUGCUUAAGCUGGUCUUUUGCAUUGCUAAUAUGACAUGUACCCCAUUUUUCAUUAAUUUGUAUUUCCAUUUUUAAGUUGUAUAUUCUAUGUUUUGUAGUGUUUGGAUUGUUAAUGAAAAAAACUAUUAUAUAUUCACUGUGUUGUAUUAUUGCCAUCCUUUUUUGUUUUUUUUGCUUGGUAAAAAUGAAUUGUUCUUUUUUUUCUUUUGGAGGGAGGAAAUGAACAUACAUAAUUCAAAUCUACUAAAAUUGAUCAUUAGUAAAAUAAUACAGUAACCAUAGACAGAUGGCUUAUGAUUGAAACUGAAAAGGCUAUUCAGUAUUGCAAAAUGGAGUUUCUGAUCUAGUGGGCUGCAGAUCUUCAGUGUGGUAACAUACCCAUGACAGUUACUGAAAAGUGUCUAUAUAGGUUAUACAUUUCAACGCUGCUCACAAAGACCUAUCUAUAAAUUUGCUAGUUGUAUUCCGUUUUCAUAGAAACCAUCAAUAGAAGUUAUAUUUGCAAUUGAUCAAUGAGAAACCCUUUGGUAAAAUCGAGGUCGGAAGGAGGAGGGGAGACAUUAUUACUGAGUGGGUACCACAGGCAGAUAUUACUAGUAACAGUCAUUAGGGUGAUCAUACAACUGAUUUCCAGAAUGGUAUACUUUUGAGAGUAAAUGAGGGCAUUAUUAAUAAUUAGGCUGCUGUGGGCUGAAAUCAGGACUAUUCCAGGCAAACCAGAACAGUUGGUCAUCCUGUGCAUACUUAUCAUGCAAUAUAUAUUUCUCACUCCAAGGUAGGUGUCUCAUGGGAAUGCUGAUACGCUAUAAGAAAGACAAUUUCUUUCCUUGACCUAUCUGAGCAAGUAGAGGGGUGAAAGCCUGAAUGGGGAGGCAGCUUCACAAGAGAAAAUGGUGGUCUUCAAUCUUUUAAAGGCAUGAAACCAUUAUGACAGUCUGUCUCAAUGAGUCAAUUAACCAAUAUGUAUUGCACACCUGUUCUGCCAGUAGAAUACAUAAGGCAUUGUUCCUAUCAGUUAGCAAGUUGGAAUAUCCAGUUAUUUCAUGGCACAGACCUGCGCCUGUGAUGGCAGUUUGAUCAGGUGAAAGAUAGAACAAACACACUUAGAACACUUAACUCCUUUGAUGGCUGUUUCUUUUAAGGAACUCCGAAGUUAAUUCAAGGAAAUAUGGAAUUGCCUGGAACCUACCUUAGAAACAGGUGGUUUAUUCCAGCAGUUAACUACUGACCGACCUUUGACUAUAAGGGGUAGGCAUCUAUUGGAGACACUUGUGGGUCAGUAGCCACAAGGAGUCCUUUUUGGUAAGAAAAAAUGAAACUUUUUUUUUUUCUUCUCUUUUAAGGGUCAACUUGUCAGAGCUCCAUGGUAAGUUUGAGUUUUCCCACUACUCCCUGGAGAUAGGUUAAAAAACAAGACAAACAAACAAACAAAAUACCUGUUUCUUUUCUCCUUCCACUAUAAAAAAAAAUAUUAAAAAAAAAAAAGAAUGUGCUAUGUACAAAGUCAACAGCAACUUAAGUAGAAAACCUGGGCAACAGAUAUAGACUCCAAGGGGGCAUUGCCAUCCCUUACUAUGCUUUCUUUCUGACAAAUCGUUCAAGCGAGCAGUUGUCCUGAACAACAUUUGUACCUAAGGUGAUUCUUACAUAUCAGGAUUCACUCAGGAUUCUUCAAACAUCAGAACACACACAAAUAGCAUUCUGGAUAUUGUAAAACUACAUGUUACACAUGGUGAGGUCUACUUGAGAGGCAAAAUUUUCUAGAUAUUUUGAUACAGAUUUGGGUAAAGAGAAAUACUUUUGUUGGAAUGAGAAUUAAAAAAAGACAAAAGAACUGGGGCAAAUUUGUCCCCCUGAAAGUAUCGCCUUUGGGCACUCUUCCAGAUAUAUCAAAUUUAAUUGAGUGAUGAGGUCAUUCUUCAUAUAUAGUGAAUCUGUUCUCGUGACUUUUUAAUCCAUAUUAAUUUGGACACUAAAAACAAUUGCUGUCUUAUAUCCUGUAGAGGCUAAAGCAGUGAAUGAGUUUGGAGAUACCUAGCCAAAGCCAUUCAUGUAGGAAUGUCAGCCAAACUAUUAUUCUUAUCCUAGAGGUUGAUGUAUCAGAAAAUUUAUAAAUUAUUUGUACAUAUAUAUGUACAGAUAUAUGUACAUAUAUAUGUAUGUAUGUAUACAUUAAGACUGGCCGAAAUCAUAACUCAAUAUGCUUGCUUUAAUAAGGUGUGUGUUUUUUGUAGUUAAUUAUAUGAUGAUAAGGAAUAUUUCAUAAUUUUUUACAAUGCUCGACAUCAAUUUCUCUUUCAUGACAUAGUAGUAAUGUUAAUAGACAGUUUAAUGUGUUCAGCAUCAUCUUUACGGAAAACUAUAUUCAGUAAUUUCAGGAAAACCAAUCAUAGAAUUUUAUAAUAGGACAGUUACCAUCUGUCCCAACCAAAUCAAUUAGCACAAUGACUGUGUAUUGUUGGAAAAUGCAAACAGCCUCAUGAAAAUAUGGUCACAGUAGUAGCUAUUAAGUAUUCGGGUUUUUAAACUGUAGAUAUAGCAAAAGUUGCAUGAGAGUAUCACAGUACCAUUUUAAAAUCAUGUCAAUAUUAGAAUAUUAAGUGAUGUCCAUUUGCCACUUAAAAUAAGAUGAAAUCAUAAAUAAUUGAGUUUUAAGGUUAUAUAUUUUAAGUAAUGAUUUUUUUUUUUUAAUCCCUGAGUGACAUGUUUUUACUAUUCAAACUAAAUAUUUAAGAGAUAAUUUGUUCUUAAAGGCUUAUGUCAUGGAAGUGUAUAUAAAUAUGCAAGCAUGAGUUACAUGGUGUGGAUGGACAUUUGUUUAUGAACUAAUGAUGUACAGCAAAUUGCCCAUUUAGGGUGUUGUUAAUACUGGUUUCCUAACACUGGGUCUGCUUACUCUAGUUCAGUACUUAGCCUAGGCUGCAUUUUGAUAUGACCAAAUUGCAAUAUAUAUUUUUAAAGGGAAAAAAAUUCAAAAUAUAUUAGGAUGUUCUUGAUUGUAGCAAACAAACAAAAAAUGCUUUCAUUGUUGAAGUAUCUCUAUUUUCCAAAGAUGAUAAACUUUCAUCAGUAUUAGCCUACACUGUCAUUUAUAUCACCAAAUGAGCUGGUAGAUUAAUGCAAUAAACUUUCUAAUGAAAAACUCUAAAGUAGUGUUUAUUUCUCCAUAUGAGUCUAUUGUUAA